ACAUGCUCUUAUUAACCCCAUCCCCAUUCUUCCCAAUCUCCCCUCCAUUUUCCCCUUUAUUACCACAUAUGCCAUCUCUUUCCUCCCAUUCUCCAUGCCCAUUUCUGCCAUUUCACAUGGGCUCUUGCUCAUGAACUUCAUGAUUUGGUAAGCUGACAAGUAAAUUGAAGCUGCUUUGAGCUGAAAAAUUCAGUGGUUUUCGUUUCUGAAUCUGAGUUAGUACAAAGAAACAAGAACAAGAACCAAAAAGAUUGUCCUCCUGAAUCAUGAUGAUGAUGAGGAACACAUCAUGAAGUUUAAGGUUGUUGUUGAAUCUCUCCCAUGGCUGAUUCUGAAGCAGAGAAAGCUGGAGUUUGUUCUUCUAAGAAUGAGCGUCUUUCCACAGCCAUGAAAAGAACAAGUGAAUGGAUUUUUUCCCAAGAGAUUCCAAGUGAUGUCACAGUUCAUGUUGGAGAAGCCUCUUUCUCCUUGCAUAAGUUCCCACUAGUUUCAAAAUGUGGGCUCAUAAGAAAAGUAGUAUCAGAGUCGAGUGAUGGUGAUCUCACAAGUAUUGAGCUUCCUGAUUGUCCUGGUGGGGCGGAGGCGUUCGAGCUAGCUGCCAUGUUCUGCUAUGGUAUAAACUUCGAGAUCGGCACCGAGAAUAUCGCGAUGCUCCGGUGCGUGGCGGAGUAUCUCGAGAUGACGGAGGAGUAUGCCAUUGGAAACUUGGUAGGAAGAAGUGAGGCAUACAUCAAUGAAGUUGCACUGAAAAGCCUUGCAGGGGCUGUGUCUGUUUUGCAUAUGUCUCAAACACUGCUUCCAACAGCUGAGAAGGUGAAAUUGGUGAGCCGUUGCAUUGAUGCCAUUGCCUUUGUGGCCUGCAAAGACACCCAAUUUAGUAUGGUUGAUUGGUGGGCUGAUGACUUAACUGUUCUAAGAAUUGAUAUCUUCCAAAGAGUUCUUGUUGCAAUGAUGUCUAGAGGCUUCAAACAUUACUCUCUAGCUCCACUUCUAAUGCUGUAUGCACAGAAAUCACUCCGUGGCUUGGAGGUGUUUGCAAAGGGAAGGAAGAAAUUUGAGUCUCCCAUGGCUGAUUCUGAAGCAGAGAAAGCUGGAGUUUGUUCUUCUAAGAAUGAGCGUCUUUCCACAGCCAUGAAAAGAACGAGUGAAUGGAUUUUUUCCCAAGAGAUUCCAAGUGAUGUCACAGUUCAUGUUGGAGAAGCCUCUUUCUCCUUGCAUAAGUUCCCACUAGUUUCAAAAUGUGGGCUCAUAAGAAAAGUAGUAUCAGAGUCGAGUGAUGGUGAUCUCACAAGUAUUGAGCUUCCUGAUUGUCCUGGUGGGGCGGAGGCGUUCGAGCUAGCUGCCAUGUUCUGCUAUGGUAUAAACUUCGAGAUCGGCACCGAGAAUAUCGCGAUGCUCCGGUGCGUGGCGGAGUAUCUCGAGAUGACGGAGGAGUAUGCCAUUGGAAACUUGGUAGGAAGAAGUGAGGCAUACAUCAAUGAAGUUGCACUGAAAAGCCUUGCAGGGGCUGUGUCUGUUUUGCAUAUGUCUCAAACACUGCUUCCAACAGCUGAGAAGGUGAAAUUGGUGAGCCGUUGCAUUGAUGCCAUUGCCUUUGUGGCCUGCAAAGACACCCAAUUUAGUAUGGUUGAUUGGUGGGCUGAUGACUUAACUGUUCUAAGAAUUGAUAUCUUCCAAAGAGUUCUUGUUGCAAUGAUGUCUAGAGGCUUCAAACAUUACUCUCUAGCUCCACUUCUAAUGCUGUAUGCACAGAAAUCACUCCGUGGCUUGGAGGUGUUUGCAAAGGGAAGGAAGAAAUUUGAGGCACAACAUGAGCAUGAAAAGAGAGUUGUAUUGGAAACAAUAGUGAGUCUUCUACCAAGGGAGAAGAAUGCACUCUCAGUUAGCUUUCUUUCGAUGCUCCUCCGUGCAGCGUUAUAUCUCGACACCACCGUUGCUUGCCGGUUAGAUUUGGAGAAGAGAAUGGCUGCACAAUUAGGACAGGCUGCUUUGGAUGACCUUUUGAUUCCCUCUUAUGCCUUCACUGGUGAUACAUUGUUCGACGUCGACACCGCACAACGAAUCAUGGUGAAUUAUCUCGAUCUCGAACUCGAACUCGAUGCAAAUGAGGAACAACGUGUUCCCUCUUCUUCAUCAUCAGGCGAGCUUCAAAGGGUGGGAAGAUUAAUGGAGAAUUAUGUUGCUGAAAUCGCCUCGGACCGCAACUUAUCGGUGUCGAAAUUCAUUAAUAUUGCUGAGCUUAUCCCUGAACAAUCAAGAGUUACAGAAGAUGGAAUGUAUAGGGCCAUAGAUAUCUACUUGAAGGCUCAUCCUGCAUUGAGUGAUAUGGAAAGGAAGAAAGUGUGCAGUUUAAUGGAGUGCCAGAAGCUAUCAAGAGAGGCAUGCGCCCAUGCCGCACAGAACGAUCGCCUUCCUGUUCAAACAGUGGUGCAGGUGCUAUAUUAUGAGCAGCAGCGCCUCCGAGAUGUCAUGAAUGGUGGUGUGGCCGAAGUGAAGCUGCCUGCAGCACCUGCUAAAUUGAACAUAUACUCCAAUGAAACAGCAGCAGCCACAGUUUCAGAUGAGCUCUCCCUUUUGAGAAGAGAAAAUGCUGAUCUGAAGCUGGAGCUAGUGAAAAUGAAAAUGAAAAUGAGGGAGUUUGAGAAGGCAUCACUAAGCAGCAGUCCACAAACAAACACAAACACAAACACAAACACAAACACUCAGCUGCAGGGAGACAAGCCUCCACUGCCCAAGAAAUCAUUCAUGAACUCUGUGUCAAAGAAGCUCGGUCGCCUCUACCCGUUCGUGCGCACCGACGGUAUCGCAUCGAACACGAAAGGCCGAGUAAGGCCAGCCAAGGAUCGGCGCCAUUCCGUAUCAUGAAUCAUUUCAAAACCUCUAUACAGCAGCAUUGUGAAGAGUCUGGUUUCUUUGUUUUUUUUUUUACUUUACUUGUUUCUUUGUUUGGCUUCCAAGGA